AUGACGACGGACUCUAGUGUCCACUGUGUCAUCUAUGGACGACAGGACGACGUCGAAUUGGCCGAGGUGUUGAAGUUCUUACGCGGCUUUAGUGUCCUCUAUGGCUCCGGUCUAGUGCUGCAUAGUGAGACUCGUGUCAAUGCUGCAGAAGUGGACGCGCUGGCCGCGCACGAGCUCGAGAAGAAUUUAAUCCAAGUGAAUCAACAGAAAUCAGGCGAACUUUUUGCCCGCAUUUCAAUGGACCAAAAGGAGUUUAUUGUCUUUGGCAAGACGGCAUUGCUGCAGUGGAUGAAACAGCAGCUGCUUGAAUCUCGUUAUUCAUCCACCACUCUCUCUCCAAUCGUCCAAGAAGGAUCGCCAUUGCGGAUAUUUGUCAGUGGAGAUCGAGCUCAGGUGGGCAAGUCUACAGUGUGUUUAGGGCUGGUGGGUGCGUUGCUACGCAGUGGCUAUGCGGCAAGUGACAUUGCAUAUAUUAAACCGGCCACGCAAUGCGAGAAGCCGCAGUUGGUGACCAAAUUCUGUCGUCAGCAGGGUAUCACCUGUUGUGAUGUGGGGCCGAUUUUAUUCUAUAGAGGAUUCACGAGGGAGUUUCUAAAGGGUGAAACGGAGACCUCGGCGGAGUUGCUGGAGAAAGCUAAGAUGAAGGUGGAAGAAGUCGGGAGAGGGAAGAAGGUCGUGGUAGUGGAUGGGGUGGGGUACCCUGCAGUUGGAUCCAUUUGUGGAGUGUCAAAUGCUGACAUAGCUAAGAAAUUGGAGGCACCGGUGGUUCUGGUUGGUAAAAAGGGUGUGGGUGAUGCAGUGGAUUCGUUCUCUUUGAACGCGACGUUCUUUGAGAGCCAUGGUGUCAAGGUGCUGGGUGGCAUCUUUAAUCGACUGCCCAAUGAUGGGUAUUAUAGUUUAGAGCACUGCAAAGAUAAUGUGACGGCGUAUUUUAAGCAGUUUCAGCCGGAGAAGAGCGUCUAUGGAUUUCUUCCUGAGCUGACAGGCGGUGGACAUAGCGCCUUCAUUGCUGAAGAGGCCGAGGACCGGAAUGAGUCUAUGGCUGGCGUGUUUCUGACUAUGGAUGAGGAUGAACUGGCUCAUAAGGUCGUUGACGCAUUCGUUCGAAGCAUUGAUUUGACAAAGUUACUUGCAGACGCGGAAGCAGCUCAAACGAAAGGCAAGAUUAAGUCGGCAAGCACCAAUAAAGCAACGUCUGAUGCCACCAAGCUAAAACAGCAGGCGAAGAAACUGAAGCGUGCACGCCAGUUUGAAAUUCCUGCAUCGUUCGAGACUGUGGAGCUUCCUUCAUUCGACACGCUUGCGGCAGCUACGUCUAUUAGCACUGUCGAGAUGCCUUUGUCGACGGGACAGUAG